AUGCUGUCGAAACUCCCACUGGUGCCGUUUGAGAUGGUGGUUGCAUUAACACUCUGGUCCUCCAUCGCCGUUACCCUGACCGAUGACUUUCACAUGGAUGAUGCCACUGGUUUGACUUUCCCACAAGAAGCAUCUAUGAAGACAUCUCAGCUCCAUUUCGUCCCUGAGUUUGGUCAAGAACGGCAUCUGUUUUGCCCUCACUUGUACACCAUGCGCCGGCAUCUAGGAUGGCGUCUUGACAUGGACGAAGGAGAGGAGCGUUUCGAGAAUCUCGAGUACAAGUGUGUGUCAGUCAUCAAGCUCUUUAUGCCUCGAAAGAUAAAGAGUUUCAGCUGGGAAAUGGGGACUUGCGUCCCUGAAGAGAUUCUGGCCGAGAAGGGCAUUCUCGGUAGAAUGCACCCUACGAUCCAGUCUCUACGUCUCAUCACAGACCCUGAGUGCCCUCGUGGCGCCUGCGAACCUAUGCGUCUCCCCAAUUUUCGCCAACUCAAGAGACUUUCUUGGAAGGGACCCAACGCUGCCUGUCUACUCGAGCUGGGCCGCCUCAUAAUCAAAAGUUCCCAACAUCUCCAGGAAGUCGAAAUUGAUCUACUAGAUUGGGAGAGGGUCGAGGAAAUAAACGGCUACUAUGAUGACAGUGACAGCGAAGAUUGGGCAACUGGCAGUGAUGACUACUGGGUGGACAGCUCAAGAAAUGGGGACAAAAAGGCCGGAUUCUUUGCUUGCAUUUGGAACCAGCACUUGCGUACUACCACCCCGAGGCCUAUCUUCAAUGCCUUGACUAAACUGUCGCUUUCACAUGUACGCGUUGGGCCAGGUUUGAUCGAUGAGAUGAACAUUGGGUUACUUCGAUCGCUAACACUCCGAUCAUGCCCAAAGUGGACAAGCUUUCUCGAGUAUGCUCCAAAACUCAACGUCGCUCUCAAGUUGAAGGAGUUGGAAAUAGAAGACCACGACGAUUGGCCUAAUCCUCCACGACUGAGCACUCUUUGGGGUUUUCUCGACUCUUUUUCAGGUCUUCAAAAACUAUAUCUGAGCUUUGAGGAAUUGAUCGGGAUCUUGCCGCCAUGUGGGCACAUUUCUCGACACAGAGACACCUUGCAGAGACUCGCGCAGUACGACGGGGUAAUCGAUAAUACCCUUAUCUGGAAUUCUGAAGACAGUCAAGAGGAAUCCGACCGGGACGGUGAUGGGAAAGCCCCGAUCCAGGAUCCGUCUUCAAACCUUCAUCUCGAAUGUCUUGGUUUAGGCUGCGAGCCAGAAACAGUGCCUGAAGUGUUGAAUAAUUUCGGACCUAUUUCGUCGCUCAAGGUCCUCCACAUGCGCCCGGAAACAACCGACGAGCGAAGGUUUACCAGGCCCGUGGACGAAAAUGGUCGGUCUCCCUCGGAUGAUAGAGCUGUUGAUGCAUUUAAAGACCCAGAAUCUGAUCUCUUGGCAGACCCUACCGCCGAAGACCCUACAGGCAAUACGCCGCAGGUGGCCAUGCAGUCUACACGAUCUGCUCGGCUUCUCGAACCAUUCACUACACUCGCCAAGUGGGCGUUUGGACCUGAAGGACCGCCUUCGCUCAAGUUUAUCACCUGUGGAGAUUUUGCCCACUACGGCUACUGCGACAAGGAGUGUUUCAUUGUUGGCCGCGGGUCAGAAGGUGAUGAUGAGUUUCGAUUGAUAGCCCCGCGUAGCAGUGAGUGGAAAGAGGUUCUUCGGCAUUAUGGGGAUCUUCUAGAAUCGUGUCCGGAUCAACCACUCUACGAGUGGCCUGAUCAUCCCCGCCCAGAUUGGUAA